AUGUCAAGCAUCGAGAAGUUAUCGAUCCGCGGCAUCCGCAGUUUCAGUCCAAAUCGCGAAGAAAUCAUUGAGUUUUACCAUCCACUAACUGUUUUAUUAGGGGACAAUGGAUGCGGGAAAACGACCGUAAUCGAGUGCUUAAAGGUCGCGUGUACCGGUGGGUUACCCCCAGGUGCUCGUAGUGGUCACAGUCUCGUGCACGACCCAAAACUCGCAGGUACAAAUGAAGUCAAAGCAAGUGUACGACUACGAUUUCGUAAUCGUGCAGGAAAAGCAAUGGUCGUACAACGAACAUUUCAGGUCCGACAGACUCAGAAGAGUCUUCAAUUUAAAGCACUCGAUGGAGUGAUUCGAGUGGUGAAUAAAGUGGGUGAAAAAGUGUCGCUGAGUCACAAAUGUGGCGAACUGGAUCAGCAUAUUCCUGAUAUGCUGGGCGUUUCCAAAGCUAUAAUUGAAAAUGUGAUUUUCUGUCACCAAGAAGACGCUAAUUGGCCAUUACGAGAAGGCGCCGAGUUGAAAAAAAGGUUUGAUCAGAUUUUUGAAUCUGCGCGGUAUACGAAGGCCCUUGAGGCGAUACGAAAGCUCAAAAAGGCGCGACUGGAUCAGACGAAAGAUUAUAAGCGGGAUUUGGAUGUUCUGACCGUCAAUAUGAAGACAGCAGAGACAAUUCGCGUGUCGCUAAAUGCGAGACAAGAGCAGUUGCAACAAGCAAGACAAGAGGAAAAAGUGGGACGGGAAGAGAUUGCAAGUGCAGGCAAAAUGCUGGAAGAGCUGCAAAUGUUGCAGACAGAAGUGAAGAGAGUGCACGAGCAGUUGAAGAGACGGGAAGAAGAUGUCGUGGUGAAGGAGCAGAGCGUCCGGCGUGCGUACAGCAAGAUUGAAAACGUCAUGAGCGACACGGACGAUGAGUUGCAAGGAGUGCUGAACGACUACGACACGAUCAUUGAGGACCAUCGACGAGCUCUUAUUAGACUGCAGGAAGAAGACGCGACACUGCAGACGGAACAGAGUCGGGCAAACGAGGAAUAUGUGGUGUUGCGGGCGGCAAAAGCGCGAGUGGAGACGAACAUCGACGCGUACCGGAAAAAGGUGGCAGACGUGAUUGAUUUGGCGUCGAGACUGAGCACCAGGUAUCGUUUCCACUUGCAACCGUUGUCGUCACAGCAGGACAAUGUUUCAACAUUUUUGGCAGAGUUCAGGAAUGUUGUACAGAAGAAGCAAGACACGGUAAACAGCUUGGAUGCAAAGCAGCGACAAGACGAUGAGAAGCUGACCACAGAGCUGUCUGAGUUGACGUCUCAAGUGAAGCAUGUACGCACUGAACUGGAGGCAAAAAUACAGUGUCUUGAGGUGUUGAAUCGGGACAAAAAGACCAUUGCUAGCCGCCUCAGCGAGCUUGGUAGUGCUGGAUUCCACUCUCAGCGUGAAGCAGAAGAAAUGAGUACACAAGUACUCGAGGCGGAACAAACGUUGGCGGACGUUAAGAAAAAGCAUAAUGUAGCGGCGUUGAAGCAUGAGAUUCAGGACUUUAACCGACAGAUUAAUGAUAUCAAUGGAGUCGUGGAAGAUCUUGGGCAACAGACUACUACGUUACGGACCUACGCUCACAAGAACUCUGAGCUCGAGGUCAAGCGCAGCGAGUACAAAAGGAGACAGGAAGCUUUCGAAGCUGACCUGAAUGAGAAGGUUUUGGAUAUCGAAGAGAUCUUAGAAGGCGGUGAACCACCGACUGACAGGGCUUCACUUGUGUCGACGAUAGCUCGGAUCGACGAUCUCAUAGCCGAGCGCCAACACAGUUGCGAUAUGAAGAAGAAGGAGCUCAGGUCAGCUGAGCAGCGUCUGGUAGAAAACGAGACAUCGUCGAAACUCGCUGAAAAGGAGUUGAACUUGCUGCGUGCGAAGAAGAACGAACUGGAGAUGCACCAAAUGCCUGGUUUGAAAGCACUUCUUGACAAGGUGAUUCCUGGUCGCGAUUUAGCGUGUGCUGAGCUCGGGAUGAAAGAGGCUGAGCGAAUUUACGCUGAUGCUAAAGACAAGGUCGUUCGUCGCAAAAACAUGGUAAUGUUUCUCAAGAUCUACAAGAAUAAGGGAAUGAAGGAUCACGCAUGUCCACUGUGCGAGCGUGGCAUGAAUCCUGCGGAAGAACGGGUGUACGAAAGCAUUCUGAAUGAUAAGACGGAUGAUCGGAAAGUUGCCGACAAAAUCAAAAAGGCCGAAGAGCUUGGAACGUCAUCGCUCGAGACGCUGAACGGGAUCAAGGAGAGGAUGCCGGGCUGGCGCAAGUGGAUGGAACUGGAGACCACUAUUCCGCAGAAAGUUAAUGAGCUAGAAGCGAUUUACGCCUCACAGAAGAUGCUCGAAUAUGACGUACAAGACAAGACCACCUCGUAUGAUCAGGCACUGGAGCAGCUUGAAGGCGUAAAGACGGCCAAGUCCGAAAUGGAGAUAUUGCGUAAGUGUGCCGACGACUUGCACUUGUCUGACGCGUCAAUCACAAAAGAAGAACAACGUAUGAGAGCUUUGACAGCGGGGAGUCAUGGACCUGAUGGUCGGUCGUUGUUCGAAGUGGAAGCAGAGAAAGACUCGAAGCAAGCUGAAGCGCAGGCCCUGAACCUCCAGCUCCAACGCAAACAGAAAGAAGUUGAUCGCGUUAACGAAAUGUUACAGCAACUGCAGAACGAUCUGCACAGCCGUAGAGAAGAAAAGCUGAAGAAGGAGACCCAGCGCAAGGAGUACGACGAGGCUGUCAAAGAGCAGAACCGGCUGCGUGAGCAGGAGAAGAUUUUGAAGGAAGCCAUCUUGAAGCUUAAAAAGUCAGAGCCUGAGCUGGAACGUGACGUUCGCUCGAAGACGACCGAGCGCGAGACACGCCGGGCCGAAGCAAGAGAACAACUACGCGCCAAGCGUUUUGAGCUUCAGGAAGGCCAAGGUGAUUUCCAUGUCUUUAGUAACAUGGCCAAGCAAGUUCAGAGUGGAGAGCUCGAUAAACUUGAGCAAGAAGUGCAGUCGCUGAUUGAACGUAUUGCCCAAACGAAGCAGAAGGAGGAAGCAGCGAAUCAAUCUAGAGCCGAUUUGGCACCCCGAAUGAAGAGCGCGGAGAAAAAUCUCGGUGAGAAUGAAAUCGUGAAGCGACAUAUCCAAGACAAUCUUGACUACCGUGCUCUUCAACAAGAGUUGGAGAACAUACGCGCUGAGGUUCAACUCCUUCGAGUUGAAGUCGGAAAUUUGCCACCGCUCGAUGAGGUCAAUGAUCGCGUUGCAGCAGCCAGCGCGACGCUCCAGGCUGCACAGGUUUCUUGUGCAACGUUGACAGGAAAGAAGCAGCAACUAAUGGAAAACAUCCGCGAAGAUAAGAUCAAGCUGCGCGCGCCAAAUUUGAAGGACAUUGAAGAGAAGUAUCGGCACAAGCUGAUUCAGUUCGAGACAACGCAGAUGGCUGUAGCGGACCUGGAUCGCUAUUUCAAGGCGCUGGACGAGUCCUUACUUCAGUACCACUCGAAAAAAGUGGAGGAGAUCAACACGAUUAUUCGUACAUUGUGGCAAAUCACGUACAAGGGUCAAGAUAUCGACACGAUUGAGCUCGUGAGCGGACAACAGGAGGGAAUGGUUUCGAAAGCUGCACGCUCGUAUGACUACCGCGUGGUGAUGAAGAAGGCAGGAACCGCGAUUGAAAUGCGGGGUCGCUGCAGUGCCGGACAAAAAGUCCUGGCCGCUUUGGUCAUUCGUUUGGCACUAGCAGAGACCUUUUGUCUGAACUGCGGAAUCUUGGCGUUGGACGAGCCCACAACGAAUCUUGACACGGAAAACAAAUUCGGUCUGGCACAGGCAAUUACAGACAUUCUGAGCGCGCGCUCGCAACAGCAAAACUUACAGCUUGUAUGCAUCACGCACGACGAAGAGUUUGUGCAAAUGCUCAGCCGGACUCAAGCUAUGGAUGGCACACGCCCUGAGUUUUACUGGCGCAUUUCGAGAGAGGAUAUUGGUGGCAACCGCUUUGUCAGUAAGAUCGAGCGACAUGAGUGGGAAAACGGCAUCUAA